AUGGUGUCUAAUGAGCCAAGUGGGACAAUCAUGACCUUCCACCCAACCAUGGAAGAACUGAAAGACUUCAACAAAUAUAUUGGUUACCUGGAAUCCCAAGGUGUCCACCGAGCUGGCCUGGCAAAGGUCAUUCCACAUAAGGAAUGGAAAGCCAGACAGACCUACGAUGAUGUCAGUGACAUGGUGAUAGCCACUCUCCAGCAGGUGGCGUCUGGGCGAGCAGGUGUGUUCAUUCAAUACCACAAAAAGAAGAGGGCCAUGACAGUGGGCGAGUAUCGCCUGUUGGCAAACAGUGGACAGUAUCAGACUCCACCACACUUGGACUUUGAGGAUCUGGAGCGGAAAUACUGGAAAACGCGCCUGUACGACUCGCCCAUAUAUGGCGCUGACAUCAGUGGCUCCUUAUUUGAUGCCAACACUAAACAAUGGAACCUUGGUCACCUGGGAACCAUCCAGGACCUGCUGGAGCAGGAGUGUGGGGUUGUCAUCGAAGGCGUCAACACCCCCUACCUGUACUUUGGCAUGUGGAAGACCACCUUCGCUUGGCACACGGAGGACAUGGACCUUUACAGCAUCAACUACCUGCACUUCGGGGAGCCCAAAACGUGGUACGCGGUGCCCCCAGAGCACGGCCAGCGCCUGGAGCGCCUGGCCAGGGAGCUUUUCCCGGGCAGCUCUCGGGGCUGCGAGGCCUUCCUGCGGCACAAGGUGGCCCUCAUCUCGCCCACUGUCCUCAAGGAGAACGGGGUCCCGUUCAGUCGCAUCACUCAGGAGGCUGGAGAGUUCAUGGUGACCUUUCCCUAUGGCUACCACGCUGGCUUCAACCAUGGCUUCAACUGUGCGGAGGCCAUCAACUUUGCCACCCCGCGAUGGGUCGACUAUGGCAAAGUGGCCUCUCAGUGCAGCUGCGGGGAGGCCCGGGUAAGCUUUCCCAUGGACGUGUUCAUGCGCCUCCUGCAGCCCGAGCGCUAUGAGCUGUGGAAACGCGGAGAGGACCGGACCGUUGUGGACCACGUCGAGCCCAUGGCGCUGGGCAGCCAGGAGCUGAGGGCCUGGAGGGAGGGCCGAGCGGCCUGGAGAUCUGCGCUGGGCCUGAGGCACCUCCAGCCCCCUCGGGCCACGAACACCCCUAGAUCAGUGGGCAUGAGCCGUGGGGCUCCCGGCCACCUUGGCUGCCAGGCCCUUGUGCGCAAGCUAUGCCGUCGCCCUUCACUAGCCCUGGGAUCUGCCUCUGCUGCCCAGCCCGCGGCUGCCGCGGCCCUCUGCUCCUUGAAGCCCUACCCACCCUCACAGCCAACCUCGGGCCCAUCUGCCCAGGAUCUCCAGCCAACUGGCACACGUGGUCUCAAUCGUGGUCCUCGUCCUUGGGAACAGGGGACUCAAGAGUGGACUGUUCAGGCCCCGGCUAAGAGGCGCUGCCUAGUGGGCGCAGUGCGCACAGCUCCGGAACCCAAAGCCCAGCCUGUGCCUGAGGACAAACCCUCCAUGGACAGCCCAGCACUGCUGGUCCCAGCAUCCUAA